AUGAAGCCGACGCAGUCGUCCAUAAAGUCCUUCUUUCAACCUCGUCAACAACCCACCUACGCGCCCCCGCCGUCGUCAUCAAAGUACGCGCCCGCACCUUCGUCGACGGAAGCUCCCACUGCCCCUCCUCCCCCCGCGGCCAAACCCCCCGCCUCAACACCGACAACACCUCCCCCGCCAACAACCACAACAUCACCACCCGUGACGACGGCACCAUCCGCAGCGGCAUCAGUGCCCAUUCAUCCAAAUGCCGCAAUCCGCCCCGUGGACGACCACGACCUGCAACCCCUCCGUCGCAUCAACUCACUCCUCCUGCCCGUCGCCUACCCCGAGACUUUCUAUGCCGCUGCCCUCACAGGCCCCUUCGCCCGCGUGAUAACCUGGUCCGACCCGUCCUCUCCGGGCGCAGAGCAGGUCGUGGGCGGCGUCGUAUCCUGCAUCGAAUCCUCUCCCUUUCCGCCCGCCUCGCCAGGCGCUCGCCCCGAACACGCCCUCUAUAUCCAAUCCCUUGCCCUUCUCUCCCCCUACCGCUCCUACGGCCUCGCGACUGCCACCAUCGACCAUCUGGUCGCCGCCGCCGCAGCGUCGUCCCCCGAGAUCAACCUCCGUCACAUCUACGCCCACGUCUGGACGGACAAUGAAGAGGGCAUGCACUGGUACGCCGCCCGGGGCUUUGAGCGCUACGGAGAGCCGCUGCAAGGAUACUACAUCAAGCUGCGUCCAGACUCGGCCUGGAUCGUCCGCCGCGCUGUCGGCCCGCUGUCAAUCGGCAGCGGGGGGCAGCAUUCUGAGAAGCCAUCUGCGCCUGUCCCCGGUCCCACCGCCGCGAUUGCGAACCUCCCUCCCAUGAGCAGCGGUCCUCCCCUGGCCCCUGGCGAAUCACCCGCGAGAACCCCCUCCGGUCAGUCCUUCCAGAAUCGCCGCGCCGCGACAGAGUGGAACGACCUGCCCGAAGAUAUGGCGUCGGGCUUGCUUGCUCCUCCCCGGAGCAACGGCGGCUCGGGAGCGAGCUCGAGGAGCAACUCCACGGCGAGGAAGAAGAGGGACAGAUCGUACCCCGCCGCGGCGUUCCAGGGCUAG